AUGGAAUACCUCAAGAUCACGAAAGUAGAUGAUGUGGUGAUGUAUCGGAGGGGACAGAGGUACUCAGGGACGCUCCACCUGACCACACAUCAUAUUAUAUUUACCAUUGUCCCCGAUACGACCAGCGAGAGUAAAAGCAGACCUUCUGAGCUUUGGUUCUGUUAUCCGAUGAUCGAAAGGGUAGAUUUCAAUAGAGGAUCAGCGUUACUGUAUGAAGCAGAUACCAAAAGCAGGCAAAGAAAGCUUUGCAGAGGAGCGUCGAUUCGAAUACAGUUCCGUGACUUCAACUACAUUUCGUUUGAUUUCAGAAAUAUCCUCAAGGGAAAUGAUGUCUUCGAGAGUAUGAUGAGGUUGACAUGCAUAGAUACCAUUGACAAGCUUUACGCAUUCAUAUACCAGCCUAUCCGUAUUGAAACUGUGUUCAAUGGAUGGGAGGACUACGAUGUCAGGAGAGAGUUUGAAAGGCAGGGGUUAACAUUUGAUGCUAGCGAUGGGGAUGUUGGGGUGGAGAAAACCGUUGGAUGUAGCCAGUGGAGAAUCACCUCACUGAACAAGAAGUACGAGUUGUGCGCUUCGUAUCCAAGGGAGCUCCUAGUCCCCAAAAACAUAUCGGAUACGAUGCUCGGACACACGGUUAAAUUCAGAUCCAAGAACCGGUUUCCGGCUCUAUCCUACUACUACAAGAAGAACGGAUGCAGUAUUGUUCGGUGCUCGCAGCCGCUGGUGGGCAUCAAGCAAAACCGGUCUAUCCAGGACGAGAACUUGCUACAGGAGGUGUUUCGGACAAAUGACCUGGUGAAGGGCAAAAACUUGAUUGUCGAUGCAAGGCCGCUGACGAACGCGAUGGCGCAAGUGGCGCUGGGCGCCGGGACGGAGAUCAUGGACAACUACGGCGACAACAACCGGAAGGUUUUCUUGAACAUCGAGAACAUCCACGUGAUGCGGGACAGCUUGAACAAGGUGAAGUUGCUAUUGAGGAAUAGCGACGUGAACGGGUGCAACGUUCCGCUCAACCAGGAGGCGCUCAACAAGACCGGCUGGUUGGAGCACAUCAGCAAGCUGUUGCGGGCCACCGAGUUGUUGGUGAAGCACCUUGUGUACGAGGGUGUGCACCUGGUGGUGCACUGCUCCGACGGGUGGGACCGGACGUCGCAGGUGUGCUCGCUGGUGGAGCUGUGUGUCGACCCGUACUACCGCACAAUGGAGGGCUUCAUCGUGCUCGUGGAGAAGGAGUGGGUGUCGUUUGGACACCGCUUCAACGAGCGCUGCGGCCACAUGCAGCGCGAGAGCAAGUUCUACAACAACACGGAGGAGGGGAACUUCCAGAAGAUCCGGAACCUCAACCAGCGCUUCAAGCACCAGCAGAACAUGAAGUUCGAGAGCCCCAUUUUCCAGCAAUUUCUCGACUGCGUGUACCAGGUCCUGCUCCAGCACCCGACCAAGUUCCAGUUCAACGAGCGCUUUUUGAGGCGCCUCGUCUACCACUUGUACUCCUGCCAGUACGGCACCUUCUUGAUCGACCGCGACGCCGACAAGCAGCACCUGCGGCUUCCCGAUCGCACUAGGAGCGUGUGGGACUACUUCAACAGCCGGCGUCCCGAGUUCACCAACCCGGACUACGCUCCGCCUGCACUUCCCUCCGCCGACUACGAGGCUGACGUGCUUGACAUCGACUACGGCGCCGUCGUAUGGUGGAGCGAGGUCUUCUGUCGAGACAUGAACCGUGCCCGCUGA